AUGUCGUUUCAAGGCCACAGAGCACCAUUGGGAAUAUAUUCUGAUUCAAGGAUAAAUAAAAUAGCUUUGGCUGCUCCUUUGUCCAUUAAGAACAAUAAUAGCAUAAAUAGUGGUCAAACUACCUUACCACCAAUUAAAUCAUUGAUGAAUAUACCUUCUCCUAAACAGCCGAAUUCGUUCCCUAAAAUUACCUUAGAAAAAGACAUCAAUUUGCACAAAGACACUCUAUCGCAUGACACUUCACCAUUGAGGAACUAUAAUACUAAAGAAUCUAUUCUUAGAAACUCUCUCUCAACUGCAAAUAAGGAAAAUGUACCAUUACAAUAUCAGCAUAGCAUAAUAGAGAAAAGGCAUAACUCUAGAGACUUUUCCAAGAUUGCUAAACAAUUACAAAUAAGACUCCAAUUUGCACUUUUCAAAUAUAACACAAACCAAACAACAUUAUCAUUUAAGGAACUAAGUAAAUCUAACCUCAAUACCGAUACAAUCACAGAUAACGACAAGACUGUGUUUAGAAGGAAAUUGGUUGUCUCACAUGGAUAUUAUAAAACACCUGCUAAAUCUAAAAAAUUAGACCGAAUCAAAAAAAAUAUAAACGUACAACAAAAGUCUAAUUCGAUAGUAUCAAUAUCUACUAAUGCAAAUGGUACAUCUUCUUCGCAAGAGGCACUUUUUACAGUAGGUUCAAUAGACGGUAUAUAUUCUCCAAAUAGUCAUGGAAACUCCACCACUAGUGAUGUUAAUACGAUAACACCAAUUCGUGAGAAUGUUAUGGACGAUAAGUACGCAACUAUUGAAAGAAAUAGUUGUAAAAAGCAAUAUCUUCCUCAUUUAAGACAUCAAGAAACUCCAAUGAGUGUUAAAGCUGCAAAGUCUUUAAUUCAUUUAUUUACUAGCAAUAACCAGUAG